UUGCUGUUUGUUUUGGACGCGUAUUAGCGAAGUGAACUCGUCACACGUGAAAAUAUGUCUGCUUAUUCGCAAAAAGGUUUUGCUUUCCAAAACCCAGCUAUUGUUCUUCGAAUGCUCAAUGGAGUGGCAAUUUCAUAGAAUGGUGUAACUGUGUACAUGUCAACGGUUCAUUGUGCAUUGUUUUAUCACGUACCUAGAAUUAGAAUUAAUUUGAAAGACACUAUGUUUCGUAUGUUUACAAGCUAAAAACUGUGAUUCGUUUCUUCCCUGUCACAUGCUUACUAAAUAUCUAGGAAAACCUAUUUAGACAAAAUCGAUAUCAGAACUUAUUGUUACCAUACGUUCAUGAGAAAAGUGUGUAUCAAGAGAGGAAACGCCUCUCUAUGUGACCUACAAGAUGGCAGGCACUGAUGAUUGGUAUGAAUACAAAAGCAAGUCUGGCGAGACAUUCUUCUUUUAUAAUCCAACCACAGAGGAGUUUCGAUGGAACAGCAAGCACUGCACAUGCCCUAAAGGAAAAAAAGACGACGUUGAAGCUGGUCCAUGCUGUAUUCUCAAAGGCGAACAGGCUAAGCCUAUUGUAGAUAACUUUGAUUGUGAAACGGCGUCUGGUAACACCAAGGACAGCACGAGACCUCUUCUGUCAAUCAAGCAAAAAUAUAUCAAGAAGGAACUAGUCGAUCAGAAGCUUUGUAUAAAUGAGCUGUUGCCAGCUAAGAAGCAACAAGGUUACGCGAAAGCGAUAAAUGAAGCCGAACAAGACUGUAGUAGUCGGCUAAAUAAUGAAAAACCUUCAAGGUGUCUUGAGCAAAGUGAUCAAGAAGACACCGAAUAUGCCCUCAAUGGUUAUAAGAAUGAUGAUGAUAACAGUGAUGAUAGCGAUGAUAAAGAAUACGAAGAUGAUAUCUAUGAUACUCGCGAAAGCAGCUCUGGUGGUGGCAAAACGCAGAAAGAACCCUAUAUAUGCAAGCACUGCGGAAGAAAAUUCAAGUGGAAAUCCAACCUCACAGUACAUCUCCGGAUUCACUCAGGGGAUAAGAAGUUCAAGUGUAACCUAUGUGAUUUCAGUUGCGUGCAGUCCGGAGGGCUGAAGUCUCACAUGCGCCGCCAUACUGGUGAGAAGCCUUAUGAGUGCACACAGUGUCACAUGACCUUUUCUACAUCGUGCGGCCUUGUGUCACACUUCAGGACCCACACCGGUCAGAAGCCAUUUAGUUGUGGUGUAUGCGGGAAGGCCUUUAUGCGUUCUAGUGCGCUGGGCAUGCAUAAGAAGGUGCACACGGAAGAUCGUCCUCACAAAUGCUCCAUCUGUGAAAAAGGUUUCAAGACCAAGCGAUGCCUGACCAAGCACUUUCGAACUCACACUGGUGAGCGUCCAUACCAAUGCGCCAUGUGCGACAUGGCGUUCGCAACGCUCAGCGGACGCAUACAGCAUUACCGCUCACAUGCCGGUGUCAAGCCCUAUUUGUGUGAAACAUGUGGAAGGCGAUUCACCGAGUCACGUGACCUGGCACGUCACAUCCGGUCGCAUACCGGUGAGAAACCUUACCAGUGCAUGAAGUGUGGAAAGUCCUUUGCGCAUAAGUGUACCUUGGUAACCCACGAUCGGAUCCAUACCGGUGUAAGGCCAUACUCAUGCAAGGUCUGCAACAAAACCUUCGUUCAGAUCUCGACGCUGAAGUCGCAUGAGAAGACGCACCUAAAGAAGCCCGUAGUCUGGUCAUGUGAUCAGUGUAUGAGGACAUUUUCUAAGAAUAUUCAGUUAGUCUCCCAUAAGCGAAGUCAUUUGCCCAAGUACACUUGUGAAACGUGUGGGGAGACUUUUUCUAAGCUGAGCAGUUUCAAGUCUCACGGGAGAAAGCAUCAAUGACGAAUACUUUUUAGCCAUAUCGACCAAAGCCAUAGGUGCCUGGUAGGCGUAGAAAUGAAUAGACGCUAACAAGGAUUUGUUUUCAAUGGAACUUAUUGUAUGUCUCAGACAAAAAAAGUUUAUUUUAUAACCAAAAUCAAAAUUAUUGUAAAUGAAUUAUUGGCCAUGAUUCCAAAUUAUUUCAAAAUUUUAUAUAUAAAAUUUUUUAUUCAUACCGAGUUUACAAAACUAAUAUCUUAUUUUUUUACCUUUAGAGCAAGUAUAUUUUUAAAAGCAUUUUAUACAUUGACUGAUAAUAUUGAUGAGCAGUGAAAUGAUAUUAUGAAUUAUAUAUAUUUACAAUUUUUACAACUAUAUUAUAACACAACACACAUAAUAUUCUAUACAGUGAUUAAUAUAUUUUUGUAAAGGAACUAUAAUUUAGAAAUCCUGGCUUUGCCCAUGGUUUUAGAUAAAACUGGUUACAUGUAAUCAUCAGAAAAAAAAUAUUACAAUAUAAAAAUAUUGUCAUUAUCAUC